CCCAAAAGACCAUAGUAAAUUUGUCGUUUCUGCUCAGAAGCGUUUUCAUGAGCACAAGCAAAACCAUUAAUUGAUCAAAGAAUGCAAGCACCUACACCACUUUUUACCGUAGAUUUUUGUAGUUAGGAAAAACAAAAAAGCAAUGUUUCUGGGUAGGUGCUGGCAUAGCUAUUGGACUCUUUUUCUUCUACUUUUUGCACUGUCAAGCAUAUCUUGUCAUCAGUCUAAUGAUUUUUGUGAACGAGAUGAAAAAACUGGAUCAUGCAAAAAGAAAGAUUCGACUCAAGAUCUGAGUGAGGACGAGCCUUGCUGGGACAAAGAAGAAACAUCGGUAAAGCCAGAUAGUUUGGAAAGUCAACAGAAGCUGGUCAGACUAGACGGCGUCAAGGUUGGUCAUGAGCAAUUCAUUGAAGUUGAUGGCACAAGGUACAAAUUCAUAACAAAGUCUAUGAGACCCCUUUUGUUUGAAAUCCCCAACUUCAUAAGCAAAGACGAAGCUGAGGAGAUCAAGGAAAGAGCACAGCUCACAGGAAUGUUUGACAGCAAAGCCAAAGGAGGCCUAACAGAACCGGACUUUUUUAAACCUAGCGGAAGUCCUGGAAUAUCUCUUGGACCAAGUGGAAAAUUUGAUUUUUGGGACUGGAACCGAGAUGGAGUAAUCGACAUGAAAGAUAUUAAAAGCUGGACAAGAUACUACAGUUUUAUUGUGAUGAACGAGACUGACAUACAUGAUAUGUUUAAAGCUAUUGACUUCGAGCAUUUUGAUGACGGUGUAAUUACAAAGGACGAAUUCUUGAUAUUAAGCACACAAGGAGUCGAUGAUUAUAUCAACCAGCUUGUUAGAGAUCAUCCUCGAUUUCGACAAAGAUACAGCGAACAAGCGUUUUUAUCAAUGAGCAAGUCCUUCAGCAAAACGCUGCAUUUGAUCCGUGAAAGGGUCGUAAAGUUGACGAAACUUCCCCGCAAAAUUGUCUAUGGCAGCGAGCAUAUGCAGGUAGUAAAGUACACAACAUAUGGCCACUACCAUGCACAUCACGACAGCGAAACACACACCAGAACUGACGUACCCUGUUGCCACAUGACCGACACUGAGACCGUGCUGAAAUAUGGAACUUGCAAACUUUGCAGGUUUGUCACGAUAAUGGCGUACCUAAAUGAUGUUGAAGAAGGAGGAGAAACAGCAUUUCCUGCUGCUGACAAUGCAACUUAUGACUAUAAUUCAUUCCGCAAAAAAGGCAAAGGGCCAGAGGAUUCAAAAGACUUGUAUAACCUCAGCCAUAACUGCUACUCUUCAAAUCUGGUUGUAACCCCCCGUGCGGGUACAGCUGUAAUGUGGUACAACCACCUUGUCGACGAGAAGACUGGCUGGCUUGGCGAGUUGGAAGAUCGUUCUUUACACGGGGGUUGUGAUGUUAAAAGAGGAGAGAAGUGGAUUGCCAAUAUUUGGUUAACUGCCCCCUACGCAGAUUCUGUUGAUAUGCCAAGCAUGUAUUUUGAUGAGGAGGAUUACCUGGAGGCUCAGAAACUCUACCUAUUGUUGAUAUCAAACAUGCUUUUUUGGGAAAGGUUUGGUGCUUUAUUCACCCUUUUUGUUAGUACCUUGGCAUUGAAAGAAAACCAUUUCUGUGAAAAAGAUGAAGCAACUGGUUUAUGCAAAGAAACAGUAAAUGAUGAAAGUGCACCUUGUUGGUAUUUUGACCCAGAACUUCCGGCAACGCCUGCAAAAGAAGAAGCUGGAAAACUAGUAAUGCUCGAUGGAGUCAAGGUAGGACAUGAGCAAGAGGUGACCAUGGCAGACAGGAAAUUCAAGCUAAUUACGAGAUCGAUGCUUCCUCCCUUGUUUGAAAUCCCAGAUUUUCUUGAGAAUUACGAAAUCGACAAUAUCAUAUUGCAAGCAGAGGAUUCUGGGAUGUUCAGCAGUAAAGCAAAAGGUGGACUCACUCCUCAAGACUUUUUUAAACCAUCCAAAGUGCCCGGAAAGUCGCUGGGUGCUGCUGGUGACUUCUACAAUUGGGAUGUCAAUGAAGACGGUAUCAUUGACAUGGAUGACAUUUUACGCUGGAAUAAGUUCUUUAAUUUUCUGGUGUUGAAUGAAACAGACGUGGAAGAAAUGUUCAAGUUUGUGGGUGGCAGUGAGUUUGAUGACGGAAUUAUCACAAAAGAAGAAUUCGAAACAUUAAACACACAAGGUCUGGAGGAUUACAUAAAUUUACUGAUCCGAGAGCACCCUAGAUUUCGCCAGAGGUAUAGUGAGCAGACAUGGCUGCCUUUUGAGAAGAUAUAUAGCAAUGUUCUUCAUAACGUGAGGGAAAGGGUGGUUAAUAUCACGAAGCUGCCAAGAAAACUUGUUUACGGUGGAGAGCAGCUACAGGUUGUGAAAUAUGGUCCUUACGGCCACUACCAUUCUCAUCAUGAUACCGAGACUCACGAAAGAACAGAUGUGCCGUGCUGUCAUCAAACAAAUGUUGACAUUGCAAGGCAGCAUGGGAAAUGCAGGAUUUGCAGGUUUAUAACUAUAAUGGUUUAUCUGAAUGACGUCGAGGAAGGUGGAGAAACAGCCUUUCCUGCAGCUCAUAAUAAAACCUAUGAUGAUGACGCUCUUCGUGUCAGAGGAGACGAAACACUUCCAGAUUUGCUCAAUUUGUCGCAGUAUUGCCAAGCUGCGAAUCUGGUUAUCACACCGAAGAAAGGAACGGCUGUUAUGUGGUACAAUCAUUGGAUCGACAAAAAGAGUGGCUGGCUGGGCCAGAGAAUCGAACAAAGUUUGCAUGGAGGAUGUGAUGUUAAGAAAGGUGAGAAGUGGAUUGCAAAUAUCUGGCUGACAGCGCCAUAUGCAGACUCAGUGGAUGUGCCAAGCAUGUAUUUCUCAGAACAUGAUUACACAGCUGCAGAAACAGCCUAUAACGAAAAGUAAAUUGAUUAACCAUUAUGAAAAUUUGUCUAAGAAUAACGCACAAUCAACGCUAACUCAAUUUUUUAAAAGAACGGCAUAUCACAUUAUAUGAUAUAUUUUAGACGAAUGAAUUAAUAUAUGGCUGAAUGAGUCGACUAAACUGCUUACAUGGUAUAUUCAAAUUGAUCAGAACUUUCUUCAUAGGAAGUAUUUAGAGCUGCAUAAUGAAUUGGACGUCACUUUUCUUAAUAAAGAAUUAACAUUGAAUUAAGACUUACUAAUAUAAAUGAAUUUAACAUAUUUAGGUUUUUUUUUCGUUUUCCCGCACUCUCUAUUAAAUAAAGUUGAUAUAUCAUAAUCAAGCUAACAGAUUUAAAGAAAGUUUCUUGCUCAAAGUUUCGAUGGGUCUACUCAAACUGUCAUUUGCUUGCAUUUCUGAUUGGCCUACUUAAAUCCACAUCUGGGUAUAUAUUUUCUAAACAUUAUCGAUAAUUUUUCUGAUAUUUCAACUCUGAAAGCCGUCAGAGUUAUUCUUGUAAAACUAUAUAGAUUAUAUUGCAUGCACAACUAUCUUGAAAUCAGGUAAUAUGUGGCUUUUAAAAUCGUCUAGUUUCUUUUACUGGAUCCAAGGCUCUUUCGAUGGCUUGUGGAUUGAAGAAAACCCAUGGGCGUGCUGUUACUUUGCGUGCAACGCAACGCAUAGAUGAACACCUUUGUUUUGGAGAAUUUUAAGAAAGAUGCGAGAUAUUUGUGACGCCACAAACUACCAUCCUGUCGUGCCAUGCGAUUGUCUGGUUCUGUUUUUAAGUCAAAACUUGCGGAAUUCUCUACACAUCUCCACGACAUUUUCAUUUAAAAAACGACAUUCCAAAGCAAUCGGAAGUAUCUGGGUCAUUUAGAAAGAGUAUUCUGACGAUUAAAAAACUUGUUUAGCUAUAUCGUCAAGUGGUCACGCACCUUAAAAGAAAAUAUUGUUCAGUUUUUGCAUGGCACGUCAUACUGACGACACGGUGACACGAGGGUUGUUGAUCUUAAAAAGUAGUUAAGAUUCACUUUUUGCUUUUAAGCUCAUACACAUUCUAUUGGCGUUUUAUCAUUUUAAAGAAGGAAGGAUCAAUUUCAAUUUGCUAGAAGCACUCUCAGAUCUAAUAUUGCAACAAGUGAAUUAAAUUGAAAAUUAUUCAUGCAAGUUUUCUCGAAGGCAUUUCUCGUCGUCGUUUUGCUUUGUUUCUGACUAUUACCUUGUUCAUAUUACUACUCAUUGCAAGAUCUACUGAAUUCGGCGGACAGGAGAUCCGGCCUUUCUCAUUCUUACAGAAAUUAAUGCUGUUUCUGUUGUUCUUACAGCUUUCUUGCAUCUGCCUGCUCCCAAUUUUGAAGCAGAUAAAGUGCAUGGAUUUUCGUGUUAACGAUGAACCAACAUCAAUAUCCUAUUAUAUUACCCGCAGAAUAUCCUGCAGUGGCAUCAAGGUCAUAUGCAUAUAAUGCAAACACUGUUGAAAAGAUGCUUAGAAUAAGGACAUUCUUGGCUUGCAUUUAUAUAAUGCUGUUAUGAUCAAAGUAAAAUUUCAAAAUAAAACUGUUGGACAUUGAUUUUCUUAGAAUUCGCAUAAUAGCGCAGAAUCCUUCGAUAAAAAAUCAUUUGUUGGAAGAAUCAAAGAUUGUUACUUAAUCUUAAUGCUAAUUUAAUAAAAGACUUCAAUGAACAAAAAGUUUGAUUAUAGCCUAGCUCUUGCUAAAAACAAGCUUUUGUUAUUCUACCCUGGGUUGCAGAGCCUCAGCGAAAGGGUGGGUCGGUAAAAGACUGUUCGUCCAUCUUUCGCUGAGGGUCUGGUACCCAGGGUAGUGCAAUUCUCGUAACUUAUGUCCAGGUUCUCCGCAUGCAAACAAGACCUUGGCAGCCGUUCGACUCAGAGCUUCUUAACUUUUUCAUUCAUUAAUUCAUUCAUUAAUUCAACAUUAAUUCAUUCGAUCUACAUACAAACGUAAAGGCGCCAUUGUGUAGACAGAAGGAGUUCGUUUUCCCUCUUAGACUCCAGUGGAAAUUUUUCAUUGGCCUAUUUCGAUCCACAACUGGGUAUAUAUUUUCCAUCGUGUUCUUUCGGACCCUGAUUCUGACGUUUUAUGAUCUAAGAAGUGUCAGACAAAAAAGCUUUAAGUAUGUUGUAAAAUGUUUGCUUUUUUCAAUGCCAUUUUCAAGUUCACUUUCAUUUUCAUUUUUUUGUAAAAGAAACUCUCCAUUAUGCGCCGUCAGACUCAAGACAAAAUUAAAUGAAUUUGGUGUCAAAAAAUGCCUCGUAGAGCAACUAAAGCAAAAAUAAGCAAGCACUCAGAUUUUACUUGAAAUAACAAACAAUGUUUAUCAAAGUCGGACUGUAAAGUAUUCUUUCGGGUGCACGAACAAAAUUUUUAGUCUGGUAAAUAUGCUGAUUAGAUCACUCAGCCCAUUUAAAACUUCUUAGUGUAUUUCCAUGGACGACUGUAGUGAUGGCGAGCAAGCUUAAUGAAAGUUUUGCUUUUUUUCACGCUUAGUGACCUACAUUUCUUUUUGCAGCAUUGGUUACAGUAAUUAUGGCGAGAAUACGUUUGGAAAAUUGGUCAUUACGCUAACAUUAACUAUUGCGUUAAUAACUUAAUUUAUUGGAUAGUAAUUUGCUGUUGAAUGGCAGGAUAUGAUAAUUGGUGCUAAAACUGCCAUGAUUAGCAAAGCAUAGAGAUGGCUGAAUAUUUUUGGUCCGUUUCCUUGGGGAUUUAUUUCUAAAUUACCUCCCUGUUACUGUUUCGCAAAUAAUUGUUAUCAUUUCUUACCAGGCCACCUAAA